ACAUGAUCUCGAACAAAAUUGACCAUGAAUAAGAAUCAUAUCAUGAAAGGAAUGACAUUAAGCUGACAUUGGAUAUGCAAAAUAAUUUGUUACGGAUGACAGUCGGAUUUUAUCCAGAUCGUCAGCAUACGGUUUAAAAAAAACUCCUUACAAAAUGCAGCAUAGUGAUUUUUUUAUUCUGGUGUCAGUAGCAGUCAUUUGCUUUGGAUCAAUUGACAAAAUUUCAGGAAAUAGUCCACCCCUGAAAAUUCAUAUCAACGGAACAUCCGUCCCAUCUAAAUUGUCACGUUUUCUUCUCGAAGCCCAAACUGCCCUGUAUCACUGGCAUCCUCUGAUCAGCUCUCGUCUCUCUUCGCCAAACUAUACAGCACCGCCACUUAUUUACCUCAACUUUGAAAACUGCGCGAAAUAUUCUGCAGCUAGUCACAACUUUGGACCUUUUGGACGUAUCACGGCCUGCACACCGCAUUACCUCGCCCAUCCAACCGACAUCGGAUCUCUGAUCACUGUGCUAACAUUUAUCAUCCAAAAUUACAAUAUAGAACCACGGCCUGCACAUUAUGUCACGUACGGCGUUGCCCAGUACGUUCGAAGAUACAUGUACGAGAAGGAGGAAGAGAAGAAAGUUCUCAAGAAACCUGGACCCACGUCAAAGUUUGAUGAACACAGCACAAGCAGCGAUGACUUGGCUUACUUCUUUAACUAUAUCAAUUUAAAGUUUAAAAUGGAAGAAGAGAACGAAGAGAUGGACUUUAUCCAAUUGCUUAAUUGGGAUUCGAGAGAGGGAAAAUUCAAUAGCAGUUUUUGGGAAGAUAGACUCGGCAAAGAUGUGCACCAAUUGUGGGCGGAGAUGGUCAAGGAAGACAAUAGUUUGAAUUAAGUGGGUUAAUAUAUGUAAGAAAAAUGAAUAUAUGAAGAUACAUAAAUAAUCCUGAUAGAUGACAAAAUUACGUAUUACAUACAACCAAUAAAUAUUUUGCUAACUGUGCGCAAUUAAAUUAAGUUUAACUUGGAAAUUUUUGUUACCCAAGUACAGUCACAUAAUUUUAUGAAUAUAUAAAUAACAACUUAUGCAAUUCUUAGUCCAAGUUAAAGAAGUUUGUCUUGAAUCGAGUGAAUACAUAUUGUAUUAUAAGACAUGAA